UGCUCUUCCGUCGCUGUGGCAACCGUCGUGACGUUGUUCCAGUACCCCGCCCAUCGGCGUGUGUUCCAAUCGUUAGGACGCUAGCGGCCAUUACAUUACGCUGUAUUCAAGCGUAGAUCAACGUGUUUCGACGAGCUACAUCAUUUUCGCUGUUUGUUCAUUUAAACCAAUUUUAUUUAACGCAUUUCUACCUUACGUAAUAACUUCUUGUGGAUAUUUAACAGGCGUGUUCAAUUGGCACAUAUUUAAAUAUUUUGCGUCGGCGCGAGGCGGUCGGAUUUCUCAACGGACCUUUUUUUAUACUUUAACCAAAGAGACGUCGGUUUAACAUACACGCUUCGAUUUAGAUGGCAAGCUUCCCAGAUUUUGUCAACGAAAAUGAAAUAGGUAAAGCAAAGUUCAUCGGGGAACUCCUACCUCCUGUUGCUCCCUUCGACCAGAAGUCCGGACGGGAGACUUGGACUGUAGCUUUUGCACCUGAUGGUUCCUACUUUGCUUGGUCUCAGGGGCAUCGAAUUGUCAGGCUUGUCCCAUGGAAGAAAUGCUUAACCAGCUUUUCUGUAACCAAGGAAGAUCAGCCAAGCAGCACGGGUCCUCGCCGGUUCUCCCGACAAAACAGCGAGGGCAGUCUGCUCCCAGGCGAGCCCAGAGAACACACCAUCGAUUGCGGUGACAUCGUGUGGGGUCUGGCCUUCGGUUCGUCUGUUCCUGAGAAACAAAGCCGAUGCGUGAACAUCGAAUGGCAUCGCUUCAAAUUUGGCCAGGACCAGCUGCUUCUUGCCACUGGGCUCAACAAUGGGCGCAUCAAAAUCUGGGACGUCUAUACCGGAAAGCUUCUGUUGAACCUCAUGGACCACACAGACAUUGUGCGGGACUUGACGUUCGCCCCAGAUGGGAGUUUAGUGCUGGUUUCUGCUUCAAGAGACAAGACUCUACGUGUUUGGGACCUUAAAGAUGACGGUAACAUGGUGAAAGUACUACGAGGACAUCAAAACUGGGUCUACUGCAGUGCGUUUUCGCCUGAUUCGUCUGUCCUUUGUUCAGUGGGCGCAGGGAAAUCGGUGUUCCUGUGGAACAUGGAUAAGUAUACGCUGAUCCGUAAGAUGGAAGGUCAUCAUAAUGAUGUGGUUUCUUGCGAGUUCUCUCCCGACGGGGCUCUGCUGGCCACAGCGUCGUACGACACUCGAGUCAUAGUGUGGGACCCUCACAUGGCCACUGUUCUGCUCGAGCUGGGGCAUCUCUUCCCUCCCCCCUCUCCCAUAUUCGCGGGUGGAGCAAAUGAUCGAUGGGUUCGCUCCGUUGCCUUUUGUCACGAUGGUCGGCACAUUGCCAGCGUCACCGAUGACAGGCUGGUGCGGUUCUGGAGCAUAAACGAGAAGAGUCCUCAAGCAGUCGCCCCUCUUACUAAUGGCCUCUGUUGUGCCUUUUCUACUGACGGGAGUGUCUUAGCUGCUGGGUCUCGUGAUGGCAGUGUGCACUUCUGGGCGUGCCCGCGUAGCGUGGCGAGCCUCCAGCACCUGUGCCGCAUGACCCUGCGAAGAGUCAUGCCCACCCAGCAGGUGUUCACGCUGCCCAUUCCCUUCUCCAUGCAGGACUACCUUGCUUACAAGAUGCUGUAGCUUCAAAUGCACGCCACGGCCCUCUGUGAAACCAAUAAAAAUAUUGUUUUCUAUAGAAAUGAAAAAAAAAGGACAAAACAUUUAAAAAAAGCCUUAAAAAUACCCGUUUAUUCAGACCUCAAUUUAGUGUGUGGGCAGUGUUUUGUGUUUAUUUAUUUUCAAAGUUUACUUCUCCCAGUUUUGUUAACGUUGGGGUUACUUUGACAAGAUUUAUGGUGUCCCACAUCAGUUGGCGGCCUUUAAACAGCUUUAAUAUAUCAAUGGACCACAUUUUUGUUAAUAUUAUUAUUAUACGAUUUUUGUGAGAUUUCACUUUUUUCCUGCAAGUCUGGCACAACUCUUGUAUUAGCUACUUAGAGUUUGUUAUUGAUUGUGCUUUCUCAAGAGUUCAGGAAACUCCUCCUCUGAGCUGAAGUGUCAUGUGAUGGGGGAUAGGGUCCUGAAAAUUACCAGUGUUUUUAUUUUCUAUGCCAGCUGUUAGAAGGAUUGAAGGGAGGAUGAAAUAAUGUGAAUAUGUACGUGUGCGUAUGUGAAAGCGAAUAAGAGUAUUUUGUGGUGUGGUUCCUGCAGUAGGGAUGAGUUUGGUAGUUCAGGGACACAGGCAGUGCCUUCCCUUUACGUGCCUCUUAAGAAGUUUAACUUCUGUUGCGUCAAGUACGUCUUACAGAUGCAAAUGCUGCCUCAAUAACAACCUGUUCGUCUCCACAACUCCUUCAAAUGAUAGCAACACAUGGGCUGAUUUGUUUCCUCCGUAAAUUGUAUAUUUUAUACCUGUAAAAAGAUUUGUAAAGGCAUGUUUUGUUGAAUGUAUAUAUAGGCAAAUAUUUGUAUAAAUAUGUUUGUAACUUCAGUUUUUUUCCUCCGUGUUUUUCAUCUAUCAGUAAAUAGUACGUGUACUGAACGUCACUGAAACUGUGGUUUGGUUAAGCAGGAGAGAUGGGUGAUCGCCAGUUUUGGGUAUAAGGAUGAAGAGAUGUCUUAACCCACUUGAAGGUUAUGCCACAUUCACUUCCUGUAUUCGCUAUAGGCUAAGCCUGGUCAUCACUUCAUUCUCAUUAUCCUCUGAUAUCUCUCUACCUUACAAAAAUCACACGUUCUAACAUCAGUCUAAGUUUAAACCAUGAGCCAAUGUCUGGUAUCUACCUCUUAUUUCAAGCAACUUGUAAUAAUGGGGCCAGAGAUGAUUGGAUGUUCUGUUUAAGUAAUGGGAACAGGACAGCAUAGCUGUUAAUUGAUUGUUUAGGCAUGUGUCCUUACGGCGAAAACUAGGUUGAAAGUGUUUUUUAUUUAAGGAUGUGGGAAUCAGAAUGUGGCAUUUUCAUCUGGUCAUGCAGUCAAACUCUGCCAUAAUAUGUGUAAAAAGCUGAUCCCAAAGAUCCACUUGGGUUCUUAUCGAUGUUAACGGUCUGUUUUUUACUUUUAUGGCCGAAACUUGAAAGUCUUAUGGAUGUCUGUUAUUCUCCUUUGGUGUUUGAAAAAUGCUGAUGUUACACAGGUUGGCUUGGCUUCACAGACCUUUUCUUAAGUAGAUGCAGAAAGGCUACGUAGAUGCACUUCAGUGUUCCAAACCAUAACGUAAGCAUUGCAGUUCGACUUCAAUCGUUAAGGUCUAUUAUAGAGGAAAUGCUUGGACAUUAGUUAAUAUGUUCAGAUAGAAUGGCUCAACUGUGUUAAGCAGAAGCAUGUGAAUUUGUUGAGCAGGAAUGUGCUUCUUUUUGCUCUUGUUUUUUGUUUGAUUAUGAAAAUAAAAGUAUUUUGAAUCA